AUGGCAGAUAGGAUCUCCUUUGAUGAUGCAGUGGAAGAACGUGUGAUUAAUGAAGAGUAUAAAAUAUGGAAAAAGAAUACCCCCUUCUUAUAUGAUCUUGUCAUGACCCAUGCUCUGGAAUGGCCCAGCUUGACUGCUCAGUGGCUUCCUGAUGUGACAAGACCUGAAGGCAAAGAUUUCAGCAUCCACAGGUUGGUGCUGGGGACCCACACCUCAGAUGAGCAGAACCACCUGGUGAUUGCCAGUGUGCAGCUUCCCAACGAUGAUGCUCAGUUUGAUGCUUCACACUAUGACAGUGAGAAGGGAGAGUUUGGAGGCUUUGGAUCAGUCAGUGGAAAAAUUGAAAUUGAAAUCAAGAUAAACCACGAGGGAGAAGUGAACAGAGCCCGUUACAUGCCCCAGAACCCGUGUAUCAUUGCUACCAAGACCCCAUCCAGUGAUGUCCUUGUCUUUGAUUACACCAAACAUCCUUCUAAACCAGACCCUUCUGGAGAGUGUAACCCUGACCUGCGUCUUCGUGGGCACCAGAAGGAAGGUUAUGGGCUGUCGUGGAACCCAAACCUGAGUGGGCAUCUGCUUAGUGCUUCUGAUGAUCAUACCAUUUGCCUGUGGGAUAUUAGUGCUGUUCCAAAAGAAGGCAAAGUGGUGGAUGCAAAGACCAUCUUCACAGGACAUACAGCAGUGGUGGAGGAUGUAUCCUGGCACCUGCUCCAUGAAUCUCUCUUUGGCUCUGUUGCUGAUGAUCAGAAGCUCAUGAUCUGGGAUACUCGGUCAAACAACACCUCCAAACCCAGUCAUUCUGUGGAUGCUCACACAGCUGAAGUCAACUGCCUCUCUUUCAACCCCUACAGUGAGUUCAUCCUGGCCACAGGAUCAGCUGAUAAGACUGUAGCUCUGUGGGACUUGAGGAACCUGAAACUGAAGUUGCACUCUUUUGAAUCACACAAAGAUGAAAUAUUUCAGGUCCAGUGGUCACCCCAUAAUGAGACUAUUUUGGCCUCCAGUGGCACCGACCGCAGGCUAAACGUGUGGGACUUGAGUAAAAUUGGGGAAGAGCAAUCCCCUGAAGAUGCUGAGGAUGGUCCCCCCGAGCUCUUGUUCAUCCAUGGUGGUCAUACUGCAAAGAUAUCUGAUUUCUCCUGGAAUCCCAACGAGCCCUGGGUAAUUUGUUCUGUAUCAGAAGACAAUAUCAUGCAAGUCUGGCAGAUGGCAGAGAACAUCUACAAUGAUGAAGACCCUGAAGGAAGUGUGGAUCCAGAAGGUCAAGGAUCCUAGAUGACAACCUUUUCCUGUUUUUAGUCUUUUUUCCUUCUCUUCCCUCUCAACCCUGAUAUUGACUUAACACUGGUUUUGAGACACACGUAGACUUUGUGUUCAGCCAUCCUUCUGUAGAUACCACCACCAGGCUUCUUAACCCAGCCCAGUAAUCCCUAAGGAAAGGGCU